AUGUCUAGCUACUUUCUUCGCACGGUACGCUCCUACUACUCCCCUUCGACUUCGUUUAACUAUUCGCCUAUAUCGGAUCUAGGUUACGUAGGAGUAUGUCCUACGUCGCAAAUGUUAGCGGUAGGGAUCGUAUCGGUAUUAAGGUCGAGGUUUUCGGACUCUAUAGGCUGCUACCUUAGUAGAACGAUUAGAAUUGUAAGAGUAAGCUCGGCGACUCCUAUUAGUCGCGCCCUCCGUAUAAAGGCUAUUAGAAAGUCUAAAGAAAAGCUUCUAAAAAAGAAGGUAAAGUGCCUAAAGCCUAGUUAUAGAUUAAUUAAGACUAAGAUAGAAGAAGGAGCUAAGGUCUACCUUACUAUAGGCGACUAA